AUGUCUCGCGAAGGCUACACCGUCCCAACCGGCUCCCCGGGCGGCAGCUUCGGCGGCGCUGCCCUCGCCGCCAAGCCCAGCGCGUUCAACCCCGACUUCCGUGACGACAAUGCUCAGAUGAAGUACCUGUGCGGUGACUGCGGCUCUUCAACCCACCUGAGGAAGGCAGACCCUAUCAGAUGCAAGGACUGCGGGUGUCGCGUGCUCUACAAGGAGCGGACAAAGAGGAUGAUCCAGUUCGAGGCUCGGUAG